AUGUCGCGCACCAACGCCGUUGCGUCGUCGUCUCGGCGGCGCCAAAUAUCGUCUGAAGAGGAGGACGAGUCACAAUACUCGCAGCAGACUCCGCGCCGGGAACGCAAGCCCUUUGCGAAUGGCGACGUCAAGCCAAACGUCGAUAAGGAUGAGGAUGAGGAGAGUGAGGGCGAUGACAUGGGAUUACAGUGGAACAAGAACAACUUUGUCGAUGUACCUGUUGGUGAGAGUGGGAUCAAGCCUCUGCGCGAACUCAAGAGGCACCUCUUGACUGUUCAGACCAAGCUCGACCAUGGGAUCGCGCUAGGCAAGGAGACGGCGUGCAGCCUGGAGAGGGCCAAGGAUGACCAUCCUAGCAUCGACGAGAUCCAGGAAGGGAUCCUGCGCAUGAUUGACCAGAAGCACAUUCUCAAGAUCCGCCACGACGUGGUCGACGAUAUUAUUGGCAAGAUCAAUCACGAAGAUAGCAUCAAGAACAGCAUGGAGAUCUACUACAACAAGCAGGUGGAGACGCAGACUGCAGAGUACAUGGAGAAGACGGCACGGAUGAAGUACAAGACGAACGAGAACUUUAUUUCGUUCCGCAUCGCUGUUUGGGAAGUGCGUCACGAAGACGAACCAUUCCCACCCAUGUCACACUGGCUGCCCCGCGAAGAGGGCGACGAUGACGACGAUGACGACUUUGAGGUGGGCGGCACAACACAGCGGUACACGUGCCCCAUCACACUGGUUGCGUACAAGAACGCAGUCACGAGCAAGACGUGUCAGCACUCGUACUCGAAAGACGCGAUCAUGGAGAUCAUCACGAACGCUCGCAAGAGUAACCGCGCAGCACGGUGUCCAUUCAGCGGAUGCAAUGCCACCAUCACCGCGCAGCUGCUACAGGACAACCCCGAACUACAGCGCAAGUCAGACAAGCAGGUCGAGCGCGAACGGCGACGCGCCGAGGAGGCCGAGGCCGAGGAGGACUACGUCGAGCUGUCCGACUAG